GUUUUUCCCAUAUAUAAAUCCUUUUUGUGCUCAUCUCUGUUUUUGUAUUUAUAAAUUAUAGAAUUUCUGUUUGCUCACUUCUUCCUAUAUUCAAUUUAGUUCAUCACCCCUGUUUCUUUUUUUCUUGAAUUAUGGGUGAUCAGCAAAUAGGAGGAGGAGCUAAUGGAUCAAUAAGUUUGAACAUUAGAGAUGCUGAUGAUAAUUUGAACAAUAAAAAUUGUGCUAAUUCAGUAUCACAUCAAGAUUCUUCCUCAAACUCAACUUGCAGUUUUGUCACGGUUCCCUUCAUCCAAAAGAUCAUAGCAGAGACGUUAGGGACGUAUUUCUUGAUAUUUGCGGGGUGUGGAUCAGUGGCGGUGAAUGCCGAUAAAGGAAUGGUGACUUUUCCGGGGAUAUCAAUAGUGUGGGGGUUGGUGGUGAUGGUCAUGGUUUACUCUGUUGGACACAUUUCUGGUGCUCAUUUUAACCCUGCUGUUACUAUUGCUUUUGCAUCUAACAAAAGGUUCCCUUGGAAACAGGUACCUGCCUACGUGGCAGCUCAAGUGAUUGGAUCAACAUUAGCAAGUGGGACCCUACGAUUAAUAUUCAAUGGGAAACAUGAUCACUUCGUUGGAACCUCACCUACUGGAUCAGACGUUCAAUCUCUUGUUCUCGAAUUUAUAAUCACAUUUUACCUUAUGUUUGUCAUUUCUGGUGUCGCAACUGAUAAUAGAGCCAUUGGAGAACUUGCUGGUCUUGCUGUCGGGGCAACCGUAUUGCUUAAUGUGAUGUUUGCCGGGCCAAUAUCAGGGGCAUCAAUGAACCCAGCAAGGAGUUUGGGCCCAGCAAUAGUGUCAAGCCAUUACAAAGGUUUAUGGGUUUACAUGUUAGGCCCAAUAGGUGGGGCCAUAGCUGGUGCUUGGGUCUACAACAUCAUCAGAUUUACUGAUAAGCCAUUACGUGAAAUUACCAAAAGUGGAUCUUUUCUCAAAUCCAAAACCCUACUACGUAACCCCUCCCAUUAGAACUUUUUUUUUUUUUUUUAAAUUUUGAGAAAUAGAUAUAAAAAAGAAAGAAAAAUAUGUUGCAAAUUAGUCUUGUUUAACUUUUGUACACGAAAAAAGAAGUAAAAUAAUCUACUCAAGUUUUAAUUAUGUCGAUAGUGUAUGUAUUGUUUAAGUAUUUAUUUCAUUUUGUUAUAUGAAUAAGUAAGGUGUCCGUUCAGCGCCUUGAUUUGAAUUUGCAUUGUAUUAAACUCAUUAAAGGGGGAAAACACUCUUUGUCGG